CAUGUUGUAGCUGGCUUGCUAGCUCCUUACCUGGCCUGCAUUGACUUUCUCGUGUUCGUCUACUAUUAUCUGAUGAGCUGCUGACUUCUGAGGUGUGCCCGAACGGCUCCGCUUGAACAUAAUAAUGAAUACAAGAAUCCAUCGUUCUAAUCGCAAAAGUUCUUUAGACUGCUUGUUUAUAACACAGUUUUUGCAGUCCACAACAGAGACACUUCAGAAAGCCACCUAUGCGUUUGGGUAAGGCCGACGUUCGACUCAUCAAGUUCGUACAUUUCCUUAGGAUCAAGAGAGCAUGGUUUACUUGGAGGGUAUGUAUAUUGAACGGAGGCUACCAAUACCAUGCUGCCGCUUAGGAAUACUGGCUGUGUUGUUGGGUCUGGUUGGCACAAUCUACAGCAAAUCGCUGGGCACCUCGCAAGGGCUAGGAAGUCGCCAUAUUGGAUCACUAACGGACCACUCCCGUCAGCAGCUCAUAGAACUGUACGGACUACAUCACGUCUUACAGCGCAACAGUGCCUUGGAACACUUCCGGCCAUGGCGCAUGCAUCGUGAUAGUGCAGUGUUCCCUGCAGACAAUGCCGAGAUGGCAGCAGACACAGAGGAUGAAGCUGACGAGAACAGGAAUGAGCUUGUAGAAGCUGACUGGCGUCCAGAUCUUCAGGCGGCUAUUGGAGAAAGUUGGAGUACGGAAGAAGAUGAACGAGACCAUUUAUCGGACGACAUCAAAGGUCAGCAAGAAUCCGAGAACAUCUUAAUGGAUUUGUGAAUGGGAGCCGCUGACGCUGUGCAAGAAUUGCUUCAAGGCCACAAUCUUUGCGAUCGCAGGGCUGAAGAACAAAGAGGAUUUCAGCAACAUAUUAUCGCAACUUGCCGGCAUAGAUAAUCUCAUGUCAACAUUCGCUGGCUCUUAAUUACAUGUACUGUAUGUAUUAGUAUUUCACCUCGUUAGCUCGAAUUGCCUACUGCGAAACUCUGGCAGUGUGGAUUAGAUGGUUUGGUGGUGCCCUCUGCGAUAGUGGAUGCGAAAUGAAGAGUUAUGGGUGCUGUCUACCGCAUCACUGCUCCUUGAAGGAGACCACUGACACCAGUGGAAAACUCAACACAGAAUUAAACAGUCAAGAAUGGCAGGACAGAACCAUAAUAUUAAAAAAAAAAAGGAAUUCAAACAUCCAAUAUCUAACAAGGAAACAACAUUUACUGACGUUUACGUGAACAUGUCAUUUUGAGUCAAUGUAUACCUACAUGUACAUGCGCCCAUUUUUGCAUCCCAUCACCCAACUCACACAAUGAUUUUCAUAUCACACUAUCAGCCUUUACACCUACUUGUAUAUGUGUGUAUGUACAGGUAUGUGCAUGUGUGUGCAUGUACAUGUACAUGUAUCUUUAGGGACUAGUCAAUUUUGCUGAUAUCCAAUUUAACCUAUGCAGCGUGAAACCAUCUUUCACAGUUACAGUACAGUUAACCUUCAGCACAAUGUACAUUGACAUGUACGUCUAAGUCUUUAUAGCCGAGGGUACUACAUUUAUAUCCAUGUCCAAAUGAUUGAUGGCAUAUUCUAGGUCCUGCAAAGCUGUACUCUAUACGCUGUGAACGUUAUAUCCGGGUAUAUGAAACAGAACUGCGUGGUUGUUUGUUUGUUUAGCUUAUUUUACUUCACCAUAGGCACAGGCAAAAUCUGCCGUCUCAUUGGGCGUAUUGCCACAGUUCGCGCAAAAUGAUGG